GCGCCCCUAUAUAUUUUUCAUUUUUUUAGAUAAUUUUAUUUUUUUUAAAGAUAAGAAACCUUAAACACAACCAUGAACCAUGGAGAAGAGCCAGCCAUUCAAAGAGAUAUGAUUCUUCCUGAUGAUGUGCUCUUAAAGUGCUUAGCUUGCGUCUCAAGAAUCCACUACCCAACUCUCUCCUUAGUCUGUAAGAGAUUUCGCUCUCUCAUUGCUUCAACAGAGCUUUACCAAACUCGAACCCUCUUGGGCCGGACCGAGAGUUCUCUCUAUGUGUGCUUGCGUUUCGAGACCGAUUCCCAACUAUUAUGUUGGUUCAUUCUCUGCCAGAGACCAAAUAGCUCCAGAAAAGUUUUGGUCCCGAUUUCAUCACCCAAACCUUACUCUAUAUCCCUUCCUGGUGUUGCAGUGGUUGGUCCUAGUAUCUAUGCCAUUGGCGGAGGAAUAAAUAACUAUGCUUCGUCUAGAGUUAUGGUCAUGGACUCUUGUUCUCACACAUGGCGUGAGGCUCCAAGCAUGUUGGUGGCCCGCAUGUGCCCAUCUGCUUGCACCUUCGAUGGGAAAAUAUAUGUAACUGGAGGUUGUGACAAUAUCGAUUCAACGAACUGGAUGGAGAUUUUUGAUACGAAGACCCAAACUUGGGAGUUCUUACAGAUCCCUAGCGAGGAGAUAUGCGGAGGCUCUCUGUACCAAAGUGCAAAGUAUGAAGGAACCCUCUAUGUGAGGUCUAAGGCAAAAGAUGUGAUCUAUAAGCUGCAUAAAAGUAGAUGGAGGUCGGCAGACUUAUCCAUGAAUUUUAGAUGGGGAUGGCGGUCACUAUCUUAUUGUGUGAUAGAGAAUGUGUUCUACUGUUUUGGUGGUGGUUGUGGGAUCUGUUGGUAUAAUCCGGAAGAAAGAUUAUGGAAAACUUUGAAGGGUUUAGAAGGAUUGCCUAGCUUGCCUCUUUGUAAUGGCAAAGUUAAAUUGGCUGAUCACUGUGGGAAAAUGGCGAUUUUGUGGGUGGAGUAUGUGUCUGUUGAUAAGGUCCAGAAAUUGAUUUGGUGUGCAGAAAUUGCGAUUGAAAAACGCCAGAAUGGAGAAAUUUGGGGGACGCUCGAGUGGUUUGACAAUGUGUUCACAUCAAAUGAGCCAAACCCUUUAGUGCAUGCUCUUACUAGUACAGUUUGUUGAAUGACUCAAUAUUCAUCCAUGCAUUAAAAUAUCAUCUUGUUUUUAUUUUCCCCUUUUUAAUCAAGGCAUAAGAAUCGUAUGUUCGAUCUUCGAAUGAACUAAUGAAUUUGG